UUUGAAGGAAGUUGUUUUCACUUCCGGAGGCCACAGCUGGGACCAGCUACUCCUUGCGCACAGCCGUUCCUCCUACUCUCCUCCUGCAGCUCAUCUGUGCUGAGCCAACUUCUUCGCGACUUUACUGAAAGACAGUCUUUUACCACAACCAUGUCUUCUGGAAAUGCUAAGAUUGGCAUGCCUGCCCCAGACUUCAAGGCCACAGCUGUAGUGGAUGGAGAGUUUGUGGAGAUCAAGCUGUCGGACUACAGAGGGAAAUAUGUAGUCUUCUUCUUCUACCCCCUGGACUUCACAUUUGUGUGCCCCACUGAGAUUGUGGCCUUCAGCGACAGGGCAGAGGAAUUCCGCAGCAUGGGCUGCGAAGUCAUCGGCUGCUCUGUAGACUCUCACUUCAGUCACUUGGCAUGGAUCAACACACCAAGAAAGCAGGGGGGUCUGGGUACCAUGAAGAUUCCCCUUGUGGCAGACCUCACCAAGACAAUUUCAAGAGACUACGGUGUGCUAAAGGAGGACGAUGGCAUUGCGUACAGGGGUCUGUUUGUGAUUGAUGACAAAGGCAUCUUGAGGCAGAUCACCAUCAACGACUUACCUGUGGGUCGCUCUGUGGACGAGAGUCUGCGCCUGAUCCAGGCCUUCCAGCACACUGACAAACACGGCGAGGUAUGUCCUGCAGGCUGGAAACCUGGGAGCGACACCAUCAUCCCUGACGUCGAGAAGAGCAAAGCGUUCUUCUCCAAGCAGUAAAUGAAGGUCUCCUUGAUGUUCUGCCGCACUUACCCUUCGAUGAGGUGUCCCUGUGAAGCAAUAUCUCAUGGCGUCCAGUCUAAUGUAUUAGACUCUACAAAAUUUCAGAACAUGUUAGCAAAAAAAAACCUUUGUUGAAACUCUUAUCUUUGUAUGUCCAAUUUACAAUUGUUGGGGUGACCACAUAGUCUUAAGCACUGAAAGAUUAGUUGUUUUGUUCUUCUUUUUUUUUCCUGAGAAGAAAAGAUAUUUUUACUUGCUGACAUGAACAGCUAUUGUUACAUCUUCAUUAAAGCAGUGGUAAACAA